AUGGGUGAAAGUAGUGAAGAACAAAUGCUUCACGCUCCAUGCUUGAUCACACAAUAUGAUAGCUACACAAAAGCACGGGAAGAUAGCUGCGUGAUCAUGAAAGGACAUGAUGAUGAUGGUGAUGAUGACGAUAAUGGGUAUAUGUACGACACCACAUCAUCCAUAUCGGUUUCCGAUCGAUCGACAUCUUCUUUGGAGUUGGUAGAUGAUGCAUCUUCAUCAACAACAACAUCAUCAUCAUGUUCUUCUUCCUUCAAUUCUCAUGGUUCUUUGUAUGACUUGUCAGAUCUCAUGGCGCAGCUACCCAUCAAAAGAGGACUUUCGAAGUAUUUUGAAGGCAAGUGUCAGUCAUUUACAUCAUUGUCAAAGGUCAAGAGCAUUGAAGAUCUUGCAAAGAAAGAGAGUCCUUACAAUCAAAGAAAAGCACUAAAACAAAGUAAGAGCUAUGGAGGUGGCUUGGGUAGCUACAGAUCCUACACACUUCCUAAGGCCACCAUUUCUAAGAUUAAGAAGACCUCAUCAGCUUCAAGGGCUUCUUAUUUGUCAUCUGAUAAUUUAACCUUUUCAAGUAGAACAAGAGGCGGCUCUUUUGGUAGUAAUACGCUCCCCCCAAUUCCUGAUGCUGCAUCAACAAAAUUUGUCCCCUUACAGCAGAAUAAGAGUCGUUAA